AUGGCUCCCGGGGCCACCUGGCUGACAAAGGUCAAGGUCCAGCUAAAGCUGGCCAUCGCGCGCCUACGCAUGGUGCAGCAGCGCGAUGAGCAGUUGGGGAAGACGCAAAGACGCGCAAUGGCGCAACUCCUCGAGUCCGGCAAAGUCGACUCGGCCACGAUCCGCGUCGAGAACAUUAUCCGAUCCGACAUCAUCACCGAGCUGCACGAGAUGCUCGAACUAUACUGUGAACUGCUGCUAGCGCGGUCAGGCCUCAUGGAGGCCCCACAGGUCGACCCCGGUCUGGAGGAGGCCAUCCAGAGCAUCAUCUAUGCGGCGCCCAAGACGGAGAUCAAGGAGCUUGCGACGGUGCGGCAGCUGCUAGCGGAAAAAUACGGCAAGGAGUUUGUGUUGGCGGCGACGGAUAAUGCGGAAAACAAGGUCAACGAGAAGGUGGUCAAGAAGCUGAGCGUGGAGCCGCCGCGCAAAGAGCUCGUGCAGGGCUAUUUGGAGGAGAUUGCGCGGGCAUACGGCGUCGACUGGCCGAAGCGCGAGAAGACGUCGCCGCCGCCAGAGUACGAAGACGACGAUGAUGAGAGCCCUUCCGGUGGGCAGGCGCAAAAGAUCAUCGAGCAACCUAUUGGGGCAGAGCAAAAGUCGCUAGCCAGGGGCGACGGCAAGGUGGCAACGCCCGCGAGACGAAGGGCAGCAGACUUGGAGGACCCAGCAAGCCCGCUUACAGUGACGCCGCCGCGACCAACGACAGACAAUGUGCACCCCAAGGUCACAUUGGGGUCGAUAGAGCUGAAGCCAAGUGCGAGGAGAGGCAGCUCUACCAAGAAGCACGAGCCAGAGGGCUCUGUCCCGGACAUAUCUGACCUGGAGCAGAGGUUUGCGGCAUUGAAGAAGCGGUGA